AUGAAGGUUCUCAUCCUUGCCUGCGUGGUGGCUCUUGCUCUUGCAAGGGAGACUGUAGAAAACCUUUCAAGGAAUGAGGAAUUUAUUACACACAAGCAGAAAAUUGAGAAGGUUAAACAUGAGGAACAGCAGCAAAUGCAGGAUGAACUCCAGGAUAAAAUCAUCCGCUUCUUCCAGCCGCCCCCCGUGGUCGUCCCCUUCCCUCAGCAGGUGCCUUACGCGGUCCUCGCCCAGAACGCCCUGCCUCUUCCUCAGGUCGCUAUGGCGCUGCCCGCCCUUCAGCCCGAAAUAGUGGAGCUCCCGAAGGCGAAGGAGACCAGCUUUCCUAAGCACAAAGCGAUGCCCUUCAUUAAAUCCCCAGCAAUGCCCUUCUUUGAACCCCAAAACCUGAAUCUGAAGCCUCUGGUGGUGCAGCUGCUCCAGCCCGCGAUGCCGCAGGUCCCGCAGACUCACGCGUUUCCUCCUCAGCCCCUGUGGGCUCCGGCUCAGCCCAAAGUAGCUUUCCCUGAGCAACUGGCGCUCCAGCCCCAGAACGCCAGGCCGGUCCAAGCGCUUCUGCCAAACCAGGACUUUCUGGUUGACCUGACCCGCCAGCUCUUCCCCGCGACCCAGCAGCUCUACCCCUUGAACCAGCAGUUCUACCCCUUGAACCAGCAGCUCUACCCCGCGACCCAGCAGCUCUACCCCGCGACCCAACAGUUCUACCCCUUGAACCAGCAGCUCUACCCCGCGACCCAGCAGCUCGCCGCUGUGCACAACCCUGUCCUCGUGAGUCCGCAUUUCCUUACCUUGCUGCUUGGCCUUUGA